AUGGUGGACCUGGCAGACAGCCCGGCCCCCGCGGAGCUGCGGAAGCGGGCGCUGGUGACCUUCAACGCUCGGGUGAAAGGCGGCCGGUGCUGCGAUGCGGCCACGCAGACAGCGCCGGCCAUCACGCUGUCCAAGAUGUACGGAGGCAUCGUGCCCCACUACGUCCAGCGGGAGCUGGCGCGGCUGCGGCAGGAGAACCAGCUGCUGCGGUACCGCAUCGCCUCGCUGGCCAUGUCCCAGCCUCAGCGGAGCCCAGUGCGGCACCAGGCCACGCAGACCGCCCCGGCGCUGACCUUCUCCACGGGCCGGGUGGGGGGCCACUCGGCCGUCUCCAUGACGCGGCUGCCGCGGUCCACGCACCAGGUGCCGGCCGCGGCCUUCGAGGCGCCGCCGGAGCUGCAGCUGCUGGAGGCGUCCAUUGUGGCAUUCGUGCGGUCCGUGGAAGUUCAGACAGAGAGCCAGGCCUCUUACCGCAGAGCUGUCAUUGCAAACUGCAAGCGGGUGGCCCAGGCGGUGUGGCCCCGCUGCUCCCUGGAGCUCUACGGGUCCUACGCCUCCGGCCUGGGGCUCAGCAGCGGCCUGGACCUCCUGCUGAAGGUGCACCCCUCGCACGGUUUCAGUGUGGCGGAGCCUGCGGAGGAACAGGUGCUGUCUCCCAUCGACGAGGACGAGGAGCAGCUGCGGCAGCGGAACUUGGAGGAGGUCUCGCCCGCCCACUCGGCGCGGGUGCGGGGCACCCACUCGGGCUGGCAGCAGCAGCUCAGCGACCGCCUCGCCAAAGAGAAGUGGGUGGUCAGCGACUCCAUCCGAGUGGCCGCCCACGCCGCCAUCCCGGUGCUCUCCUUCGCAGCGGCGCCCGAGGUGAAGCGUGUGAGCAGUGAGAGCGAGCAGUUCAUGCCCUGUUCCACUCGGGUGGACAUCUGUCUGCACGAUGCCGGGCACAGGGGCCUGCGGAGCAAGGCGCGGGGCCGAGCGGCCGAGGGCCCGCCGGAAAGUCUAAGAGAUGUGUCGCCUGCCCGACGAUGUGCGCGGAAGACCCGGAAGAUGAAGUCUGUGUUGAUGCCCAAGGAGCAGCAGCAGAGUGGACUGCGCAGCGGCUCGGAGCAUCGUCGCAGCGGGCCAGGCCAGUUUGAUGGAGGUGACUCGGAAGCGAUGGCAGAGGAGGCUCUUGCAGAGGCAGAGCGCACAGGGCUGAAGCUGGACAAGAAGUUUCCCACGUUGACGAUGAGGUGGACCAACAAGGAUGUGAUCCAGUACAUGCGCCACCAUCCUGGCCCAUGGGGUGCAGUGGAGUUCCAGACCUACUCGGGGUCUAGCAACACGCCAUUCCUCUUGGCAUCCAAGCAAGUUCACUUCGGCGGCGGGCGCCUGGUGUCCUAG